AUGGCUGACGAACAACCUGCAACCCAGCCUCCGGCUGCCGAGACCAAGGAUCUGCACACUGAUCCCGUCACUGGCGAGAAGAUCUCCAAGAGUGAACUCAAGCGUCGCCAGAAGCAGCGCGAAAAGGACGAAAAGAAGAAGGAGAAGGAAGCGUCUCUACCAGCCCGGCCCAAGAAGGAGAAGAAGGACGACAUUGAGGAAUUGAACCCAAAUCAAUACUUUGAAAUUCGAUCCAAGAAGAUUGCCGCCCUCACAGCCUCCCAGGACCCCAACCCUUAUCCACACAAGUUCCACACCAACUACAGGAUCGCCGACUAUGUACGCGACUACUCACAUCUCAAGAAGGGCGAGACAGAGCCCGAAAAGGAGAUUCGCAUGGGUCUCCGUGUCAUGACCAAGCGAUCGGCUUCCAGCGCACUUCACUUCUACGUUUGCAAGGCAGAGGGUGUUACCAUCCAGGUCAUGUGCCAAUUGCAAGAGUCCAAGGCCGAUGUGCCCUUUGAGAAGCAGCACGAGAACAUUCAGCGUGGAGACAUUAUCGGUGUUAUUGGCUUCCCUGGCCGAACAAGUCCCAAGAAGGGUGGCGAGGGUGAAUUGAGUAUCUUUGCGCGCGAAGUCAUCCUCCUCACACCCUGCCUCAGGAUGUUGCCAACAGAGCACUUUGGCUACAAGGACCAGGAGCAGCGCCACCGCAACCGAUACCUCGAUCUCAUCAUGAACGAUUCGACGCGCAACACCUUCAUUGCACGCACCAAGAUCGUCAAGGCCGUCCGCAGGUAUCUCGAUGAGCGCGACUUCCUGGAAGUGCAGACGCCCAUGAUGAACAAGAUUGCCGGAGGCGCAACAGCGCGACCCUUCAAGACAUACCACAAUGAACUCGACAUGGAGCUGUACAUGCGAAUUGCCCCUGAGUUGUACCUCAAGGAGUUGGUUGUUGGAGGUCUCGAGAGGGUAUACGAAAUUGGUCGUCAGUUCAGAAACGAAGGUAUCGAUCUCACCCACAACCCUGAGUUCACCACCUGCGAAUUUUAUAUGGCAUACGCCGACUACCACGACCUCAUGGACAUGACCGAGGAGCUGGUCAGCGAGAUGGUCAAGGAGGUCACUGGCAGCUACGAAACCGUCUACCACACCCAGAGUGGCGAAGUCUACAACGUCAACUGGGCAAGGCCAUGGAGGCGAGUCAAUAUGAUUCCUGCUCUUGAGGAGGCUACUGGUGAAAAGUUCCCACCGGCGACUGAACUUCACACUGCUGAGACAAACGAGUUCCUCAAGAAGGUGCUCAAGAAGGUCAACGUCGAGUGCUCGGAACCCCGUACCAACUCAAGAAUGAUUGACAAGCUGGUUGGUGAGUUCAUCGAGGAGACUGCCGUGAACCCAACCUUCAUCGUUGGUCACCCUGAAGUCAUGUCGCCCCUUGCCAAGACUCACCGAGAGAUCCCCGGUCUUUGCGAGCGUUUCGAGGCCUUUGUCUGCAAGAAGGAGAUUGCGAACGCCUACACCGAGUUGAAUAUGUCAGAAGUCCAGCGCCAACGUUUCGCCGAACAAGCAAACCAGAAGGCAGCAGGUGACGACGAAGCACAGCUCAUCGAUGAGACCUUCUGCCAAGCGCUCGAGUAUGGUCUACCACCCACCGGUGGAUGGGGUAUGGGUAUCGACCGUCUAGUCAUGUUCUUGACAGACCACUACUCCAUUAAGGAGGUGCUUACCUUCCCAUUCAUGAAGGACAUUGUUGAGGACAAGAAGACGGCAGCCGAGGUUGCCGAUGGCACCGGCAAGCCAGUUGAGGGAAUUCCACACAAAUAG